GGGGCGCGCCGGGGUACAGGGGACCGGUGACGGGCCACACUCGGUGCCCUCGGGGCCCCCUCGUCACAUAUAAGACCGGCUCGCGGGGCGCGCGGCCCCACUGAUCCGUCCAGACAGGACCAGAAGUGUGUGUUGUCUGAGAUAACGGACAGGGAGUCUGGGUGAGGUGGGACGAGAAGUGAUUAAAAGGAGAUCAGUUAUGAAGGUCACUGGCCCGCUGCUGGUGGCAGCGCUGUUGGCCGUCAGCGCAGCCGCACCGAGUCCCCAGCUCCGUCUGCGCCAGUCCAAACCGCGUCUCAGUCUACCACCGGAGUCACGGCACGACUCAACACCAGAGCAUCAUCUCGAUCUCGCAGUCAAGCCGCGGCUCAACCGGGCGUCCCGGCCCCGCCUCGAGCCGCGCGCGGAGCCCCGUCACGGCUGGGGCACCUACUUCCCGGUGGCGCAGUACGAGCUGGCCCCUCCGCGCCUGGCCAAGCUGCCGUCACCGCGGCCCGUGCGCCGCUACAGAGCCGGCAGCGUCCACGACCGGCACGCGGCCGCCGGAGGUCCGCACGGGGUGGUCUCAGCCAUCCUGGACGAGUCGUUCCGCCCGCCGUCCAGCAUCCUCUUCAACGGCGAGAACUGGCAGUCGUCAGCGGCGGGCGCGGCAGACACACUGUUCAGGACCAGGGCGGAUGUCGCCACUGGAGGGGAAGCAGAAGAGGCGAGAGUCUCAUCCCAGGCUUCUGGAGCUGUGGUUGAUGAGGACAGUGAGACAGCAGAAGUCUCCCAGACGUCGUCGACUAGUGAAUUGGACGUUAACAUUUCGUCCGAAGCGUCUGGAUCAGUAGUCAGCGAAGGCGAUGCCUCUUCGGAGUCGACUGAGUCAGCAUCUGCAUCAAGCAGCACAGGAGCAGACAUAAUUUCGGAGGCAUCGUCAUCUUCUUCAUCUGCUUCAGAGGAAUCUUCAGCAUCCUCUUCAGCAAGUGGAACGGGAACCAGCGUCUCCUCGGAAGCCUCGGGAUCUGUGGGAGGUGACGAAGGUGCUUCUUCAGAAUCCUCCUCCGCAUCAUCCUCAACCUCUUCGGAGAGCAGCCAGUCUUCCUCCUCUUCAGGCAAUAGUGAGCCCUCUUCAGGCGAUAGUGAACCCUCUUCAGGCGACAGCGAGUCCUCUUCUUCAGGCGACAGUGGGUCCUCUUCUUCGGGCGACAAUGAGUCCUCAUCCUCGGAAAGCAGCGAGUCCUCAUCAUCUUCCGACACCUCCAGUUCCGGCUCUUCAGCCGACGAUGAAUCCUCAUCAUCCGCCGAAGAGAGCUACGAAGACACGCUCCCAUACUGGAACGACCCCACUGUGCUUGACCUCGGAUACCUCCCCGUGCCUCAGUCGGGCUACGGCCGCAAGCUGAGGGCAAAAGUGCAACCUCAGUAUCAACAGGAGGAACAGGAGAGCGUGGAGACGAAUCAAGGAGAGGCCGAUGCCGAAAACGUCAGUGACGACGGAGAAGACGAAACAGGCCAGGAGGAGAUAGCAGAGGCCAGCGCCAGUCAAGAGGAAGACAGUGGCGAUGCCACUUCAGCUGAAGCAGGCGGUGCUGUCGAAGAGAGCGAUGAGGGUUACGCCGAUUCAGGAGCAAGUUCGUCUCCGACCUCCGAGGCGGAGGUCAACGUUUCAUCUGAAGCAUCAGGUUCUGCAGAAACCAGCGGAGAAGCGGAAACGGAGUCAUCGGAUUCGGAAGCGAUUUCGUCAACUUCGGAAACCGAUGUGAAUAUUUCGUCCGAGGCGUCGGGUUCCGUUGAAGGAGAAAAUGAAACUUCAGAAUCAAUCGACUCGGCGUCAGCUUCUUCAGAGGGCGAAGUCAGCGUCUCAUCUGAAAGCUCUGUGACCACCGAAGAAGACAACAACGCCAGCUCUCAAGACACAGCUUCUUCCUCAGACGGUGAAGUGGACAUUUCAUCCCAAGUUUCGGGAGCCCCCGAUAGCAGCGAUGAUAUCACAUCCGACUCGACAUCUGUUUACAUCGCAGAAGACAGUGAAGCAGAUGCUGCUCCCGAAGUAGACGGCUCUGGUGAAGGCAUCGAUACCGACGAUGUUAGCUCAUCUGAGUCUUCCUCUUCAUCAUCUGACAGUGAAGUAUCCAUCUCAUCUGAAGCUGGCGGCAGCGUCGAGGGAGUGAACGCCAGCUCUGAGACCUCAGCUUCAGCCUCGUCCUCUUCUUCAGAUACGCUGGACACUUCUGAAGCAGCCGACCACAGCACACCCGACGCAGACGACGACUCUACGUCAGCAGUCCUGUACGAGAUAUUCGACGUCGAGCAGACUCCCGCUGCUGAUGUCGGCGUCGCUGUGGAAGCUCAAGACACAGAAACCGCAGAAGUGGCUGAUACAGAGACUGAUGUCAAGGUCUCCCUAACCUCUUCCGCCGCUGGCUCAGUGUUGGGCGACGGCGACACCAGCUCCGCCGAAGCCUCAGACUCAAUCUCGAGCGGCAGCGACGCAGCUGAUGAGGGCGAAACUGCCAGCAGCAGCGAGGCUGAGGUUUCACCAGCCGCCGACGAGACUACCGAGUCUGAGCAGUCUGAGGCGUCUGAAUCCAACGAAUCUGAAUCCGAAACUCUCUCUGACAGCGCGGACGAUUCGUCCAGCUCGCCUUCCGACACCUCUCCACCAGUCCUCACACCGCGUCCUCCCGUGAUUCCCUUCCCACCACCAUACCACCGACCCGUCACCGGCUUCUCCUUCCCCGUACCCAGCUACGGCAUCCGCAAGACCUUCUACCGCGAGAAGAGCGACGGCUACCGCACCGUCGAGACGCACCGGCUGCACCAGAACUACCUGAAGGUGGUGGGCGCCGACCACGGCUCCAGCCAGCGCCAGCAGCUCAUCCGGGAGCCCACCUGGUCGUCUCUGACGGGCAGUGGACGCUUCGUGCCCAGAUUCUACACAAGGAGCUACGUGGGGGCAGCGCCGCCACCAGCGGGGUAUCAGUCGUAGUGGUUAGGAGUGAGUGUGGGUGUGCGAGCAGUUAGAUGCAUGUUGAAUGCGACGUUGUGCAGUGUGAAGGAAAUAGCAGUACGAGAAGCGCUACGUCAGACAUAAUGUCACCGAAGAAACGUCCGUUAUAUGUGUUGAGAGCUUGUGGAAUCCGGUAAUAGUAUGAGUUGAUUGUUAUCACUAUGUGCAAUGGAGCAGCAGUAAGUAGUUAAACAACUGUUGUAAGUUGUUUAUCUUUUCCAGGAAAGAAUGCCUAUGUAAGCGUGUCCGAUGCGUGAAAUAAAACAAAGUCAUUAUGAAA